AUGGCCAAGGUAUUGGAGGCGUUGAUCGCCAAGGGGCGUCGUGUUCGGCGCCCUCGAGAGCAAAAAGAGGUCGCCUUUGGCCUCGCCGACCUGUCUACCCACGAGGAACUGCAUGACCGCAUCGUCAAGAAAGGCGGCAUCCGAUCCCUGCUGGAGCUCCUGCGGCGCUCCCAAGAUGCAGAGGCACAGAGAUUUUCAGCUCUUUGCAUCGCCAACUGUGCAUCUGCUGUGUUCACGCGUCUUCAAAUCGUGGAAGACGGUGUGCUGGAACCGAUGAUCAACUUUAUCAAAGACGACGAUGCGGACAUGAUUGUUCGGCAGUAUAGUGCGAUGGGGUUAGGGAACCUUGCUGCUGAGCCCGAUAACCACGACGAUAUAGCAAAACUAGACGGGAUCAGCGCGUUAGUCACACUUCUUAAGGCAAGCGACAUCGAGUCUGGACGGUACGCCGCGUUCGCUCUGAGCAACUUGGCUGCAAACGCUAAUCUCAGGGAUGAUGUGGUACUCGCCGGGGCGGUGCCAGCCCUCGUAGCCCUGGCUUGCUGCGAGGAUUUCAACGUCCAGCGCCAGUCGCUGUCUUGUGUCCGUGGACUGUGUAUUACGCCUGGGUACCGAGUUCAAGUGGUACGCGACGGCUUUUUGGAUCCUCUGGUUCUCAUGGCGAGGACAGACGAUAUGUUGUUGCUGCGAGAAGUUGCUGCCGCGUUCAACUGUUUGAGCUGCAUGGAAGAGAACAAGAUGGAGAUGGUGGACCGCGCAAUCGCCAAUAUAAUCUCGAUGACGAUGUGUGGGGACAACGAGGUCGAGCGUCACGCUUGCUGCACCAUAGCCAACCUGAUGGAGAUGAGCGAGCUGCACAACCGGUUGCUCGAAGAGCGAGGCCUACCCCCGCUGAUCGCGCUGUCUAGAAGCGGUGAUAUUAACUCGAGAGAGGAAGCAAAUCGAGCUGUCGCCAACCUCGCCGCCAACCCGGAUAUGCAGCAAGCUAUCCUCAGAGAGGGUGCGCUCAAGCCAAUGGUGGAGGCGUUAACAAGCGGUGAGGUCAACGCCCGCCGCUUCGCCGCACUCGGACUGGCAAACCUGGCAACCACGGUGUCAAGCCAGGUAAAGAUCGUCCAGACCGGGGCCCUAAAACCUCUGGUGGCUAUUGCCAAAGCGGUGGAGACGCAGCUCGAGGCACGCCGCUAUGCGGUUCUCGCGAUCGCUAACUUGACAGCGACGCUCGCUAACCACCCGAGUAUCCUGGAGGAGGGCGCCCUCCACGCCCUCUUUUCGCUGAGCAACAGUCCAGACGUGAUGAGCCAGUACUACGUCGGGUGCGCGUUGGCCAACCUUAGCUGCUCCGCCCAGAACCAUAAGCUUAUUAUCGAAGAAGGAGGCCUUCAGCCAGUCAUCACGUUGUCCUACAGUUCAGAUCCGGAUGUCCACCAGCAAGCAGCGGCUGCAAUGCGGGGGCUCAGCGUAUCUGACGAGAACAAGAUGAAGAUCGUACAAGAAGGUGGGCUGGAGCCGCUGGUCCAGCUCUUGGCCUCCGAAGACAUCGAAAUCCUUCGCGAAGUGUCGGCUGCGCUAUGUAACCUGAGCGUCGGCGAUGAGAACAAGUUCGAGAUCUGCAAGAGCGGGGCGGUGCCUCCCCUGAUACACCACAUGCAGAGCGAGGAUAUGUCCUCAGCGUCACAGGCCGCCGCGUGCCUCGCCAACCUGUGCGAGAUCCCCGAGAACCAGGUCGUGGUGUCACGAGAGGGAGGAAUCCGUCCGGCCAUCCUCGCCAUGCGAAGUCGGUACGUUGAAGUCCAGAGGGAGGCCGGCCGCCUGCUCGCGAACCUUUGCGCCAGCACCGCGUAUAGAGAGCCCAUCAUCGAUGCGGGGGGGCACCAGCUUUUGAUAUCGUACCUCCUGAGCCAGGACGUAGCUUCGCAGAGGGUGGGAGCGCUCGGGGUUGGGAACCUGUGCACCCACGACACGCUUCGGGUAGUGAUGAUGCAGUCCGGCGCGCUCGAGCCUCUGUGCUCGCUCGCCAGGUCGGAGGAUAUCGAGCUUGAGAUCCAGCGCUACGCCGUACUCGCCAUCGCCAACCUGGCCAUUUCCGUGGACAAUCACGUCGCAUUCAUCGAGGAAGGCAUGCUCACGCUGCUCAUUUCUUUGUCGAACGCACCAGACCCGGAGGUACGGCAGUACGCAGCCUAUGCCCUCGUGAAGGUGGGACAGAACAGCGACGUCCGCAAGCAGGUCACGGAAGAGGGGGGUCUCGAGCCGGUCCUGUACCUCGCCCGCACGGAGGAGCCCGAGAUUCAGCGGGAAACUCUCGCUUGCCUGUGCUCGCUUUCGUUUUCUGAGGAGAACAAGAUCAACAUCACCAAGUACGGAGGCCUACCCCCCGUGAUGAGUGCGAUUAAGUCCCCCGACGUGGAGACCGCGCGGAUGGCGUGCUGCGCGUGCGCCAACCUGUGUGAAAUGGUGGAGAAUAUGGACAAUAUUGUGGACGCCGGCGGGAUCCCGGCUCUAGUCCAGGCACUCGGAUCUUCAUCCCCGCUGGUUUCGAGAGAGGCCGCACGGGCUCUUGGAAACCUGGCGGCGAAUUUGGAGCACGGCGAUGCCAUUUUGAAGGAAGGAGCACUGAACAUGUUCAUGGCGCUGAUACGAUCGGAAGACCAUCCCGUGCAGAGGAUGGCGGCAAUGGCUCUUUGCAACCUCAGCUCUAACGUCAAGAACCAGCCGAAGAUGUUGAAGGCAGGGUUGUUAGAGCCGAUCACAGCGGAGACCCGGAACGCGCUGGACAACAAAUCCAAGUGCGACCACGAAACCAUCCGGUACUGCCUUCUGGCGAUCGCCAACCUUGCCGUCAGCCGGGAGAACCACGGCGUGAUAAUGUCCCAGUGCCUGGAGACCUUGGCAGGGUUCAGCAAACACCAGGACAUCAAGGCGCGGCAGCACGCCGUCUUCGCCCUGGGGAACAUUUGCGCCAACCCCGACAACCUGGAGGCCGUGGUGUUGAGCGGCGCCCUCAAGACCCUCAUCACCUACGCUUUCCCCUCCACCGACACUUCGGUGAACGUUCAGUUUCAGGCCAUCGCGGCCCUGCGGGGGAUCUCCACCCACCAGACGCUGCGGAUGCAGGUGGUCAGGGACGGGGGGCUGGAGCCCCUGGUCCUCGCAGCCAAGUGCGACUCGGUUGAGGUACAGCGGGAGACGGCCGCUACCCUCGCCAACUUGGCCCUCGCCGAGGAGAACAAGGUGGCGAUGGCUAGAAGCGGGGUUCUCCCGGCGCUAUCCCACCUGUGCUUGAGCGGCGACAGGGAACGGCAGAUUCACGCGGUAGCGGCUAUGGCGAACAUUGCGGAAAUGGUGGAAGGACGGACGCAGAAGCGAAUGAUCGAGGAGGGUUGCAUCAAGCCCCUGCUUGGGCUCGUGGACAGCCCAGACGUUGAAGUCCGAGAAGAAGCCGCGAGGGCGCUGGCUCUCUUUGCCUCCAAGCGUGAUUCUCAGGCCCACCUCGUCCGGAGCGGCGUCAUCCCCAAGCUCGUGAGCUUUGUCCGCAGCUCGGACCCGGGUGCGAGGCGCUACGGUGUCUUGGGAUUGGCCAACCUCGCCGUCGUGACCCAGAACCACCAGACGCUGUUUGAGGCCGGCGGGGUUUCCAGCCUUCUCAUGGAGGCCGUGUACGCCGCGGAGGACAUAGAGACUCGCCGUUGCGUGGCCUUCGCGCUCAACAACAUCGCGAGCUUCGAGCCAAACCACCGGGCUUGCGAGCGGGCCGGGGUGUUGCGGCCGCUGGUGCGACUCCUGAAGGACCCCGACGCCAACACGCACCUCCAGGCCGUGUUCGCGAUUAGGCAGCUGAGCGUCACCGCGAGAUGCCGCUCCCAGCUGGUGGAAAUGAAGGGGCUUCCCCCUUUGCUCAGGCUUGGGAAGAGCGAGAGCGUGGAGGUGCUGAGGGAAGUCGCUGCUGCCCUUCGAAACAUAUCGUUGUCUGAGCACAGCAAAGUGGACAUCGUGUUGGAAGGAGGACUGCCAGUGCUGAUCGAAAUGAUGCACAGCGCCGACGUGGAGACGGCUCACCAAGGCACGGGCGUCGUGGCAAACCUGGCCGAAGUGGUGGAAAACCAGGGGAAGAUGGUCGAAUCAGGCGUGCUCCAACACCUCAAGUUCGUCAUGAGGAGUAAGUCGGUGGACGUGCAGCGAGAAGCCGUCAGGGGAAUUGCCAACAUCAGCGCCGAGUACGCGUACACCGCCGUCAUCGCCGGGGCCGGGGCGAUCAUGCCGCUCGUCGCGAUGCUCAGCAGCCCGGACUUCCUGUGCCAACGCUACGCAGGGAUGGGCGUUGGAAACCUCGCCACGAACCUCGGCAACCAAGAGAAGGUCAUCAACGAGGGGGCCCUGCAGCCCCUCCUCUCCCUAGGCCGCCGGGACAACGGCGACCUCGAAUCCCAGCGGUACGCCGUCUUCGCUCUGACGAACGUCGCGGCCACCCGGAGCAACCACUCGCGCUUGAUCGGCGCCGGCGUGUGCGAGCUCAUGGCCGCGCUGCUGGAGGCGGACGACGUCGAGAUCCGGAACUCGGCGGCGUUCUGCAUUGGCAAUUUCGCGUCUAACCCCGACAACCACGCAACGCUGAUGGACGAGGGGGUGUUGGGGCCGCUGAUUAACCUCGUCGCGUCGUCGGACCCGCAGGCGCAGCUUCGAGCGGCCUCUGCUCUCCGAGGGCUUUCCGUCGACGAAGAGCUGCGCACCCAGAUUGUCGCCCGGGGGGGUCUAGUGCCGCUGCUACGGCUCAGCAGCAGCGACGACGUCGAAAUUCAGAUGGAGGUUCUCGCCGCCUUGUGCAACUUGUCCCUGUCCGGGUGCAUCGGCCAAGACCCGGCUCGCUUCCUCAAGGCGGUGGACGUCGGGAACCUGGUCUCCUUCCUCUGCUCGGCGGACGUCACCUACCGCCUCUUCGGGGCGGUCACUCUGGGCAACAUCGCCUCCGACGUCAACCUCCAGGCCCCCAUCGUCCGGGGCGGGGCUCUGACCCCGCUCAUCACCAUCGCCAACGCCGCCGACUUGGAGACCCAGCGCUGCAUCGCGUACUCCCUGUGCAACCUCUCGGCCAACCCGGCACGGCGCGGGGCGAUCAUUUCGGAGGGGGGACUGCCGUCGCUGAUCUCGCUCGCGUGUAGCGAUCACCCCGUCGACCAGCGGGCGGCGCUGGCGACCCUGAGGGCGAUUUCCGCCGACCCGGACCACCGGAGAGCGGUUGUGGAGGCCGGAGCCCUGGAGGCGUUCUGCUUGGGGGCAAGGUGCGAGGACGAUGUCGAGGUCCGAAGAGAGGCGGCCCGUCUCCUCUUCGCCCUGUCCCUCAACGAGCUCAACAAGUUGGACGUCGCCGGGGUGGGCGGCACCUUGGACGGCGGCGGAGGAGAAGGAGGAAGCGCGGCCACCGCCGAGGUUGCCACCGAUCUGGUCGCUCUCGCGCGCAGCGACGACCCGCCCUGCGUGCGCAACGCGGUGGGAGCCCUGGCCAACCUCAGUGAGAACGACGCCACGCACGAGCGCCUGCUGGGCUGGGGCGCGAACUUCUUGAGCGAGCUGGCUCUGAAGCGAACGCCACCACCGGGCAGCGACGGCGAAGGCCUUGCGAGCGAGGAGGACAAUAUCAACGGUGACGUUUCGACCGGGGGUGAUGUCAGCGGGCGCACGGCGUCAGGGGAGGCCGGGGGUACGGACGUGGGGCUGGUGAGGGAGGCUACCCGGUGCCUGGCGAACCUCGCGGGCAACUAUGCUACGCAUGAUAAGCUGCUCGACGGCGGCGUUGCGGACGCCCUGGUGGGGUCAUUGAAGAAGGAGGACGCGGUGACGGCGAGGUUUGCCGCUCUCGGUUUGGCCAACGUGGCGGGGCAGAGUGGAAACCACGGACGGGUCUGCGCCGCCGGGGCGAUGAUUCCGUUGGUUCAGCUCGCCGCCGGGGAGGCACGACGCUAUAUCCUCCUUCGCGACGACGGCACCAUAGACGUGGAAGGCAUGUCCGACCCAUUGCGAGAGCCAAGGCUCGACGAGGAGAUGAUUCGACUCCUUGGAUACGACGUGGACUGUAGAAGAUACGCCUGCCUGGCGUUAGGGAACCUUGCCGUGGCAACCGUGAACCACGACGAAAUUAUUGCAGCCAACGGCCUGGAAGGGCUUAGCUCCGCCCUCGACUGCGACGAUGAUGAAACCGUUUUCAACUCCUGUUACGCCCUGAACAAGCUCGCCAUGAGCGAAGAAAAUCACGAGGUCAUGGGACAAAAAGGCGUCCCGAAGCCCCUCGUGCUCGUGGUGGGCUCGGGCUCGAGCGGGGACCUCAGCACUACCGGGCAGGCGGUGUCGGCUCUUCGAAGGCUGGCCUCCAAUGCGGACAACGCUGUCGGGAUGGUCCGAGAUGGCGUUUUGGACGCUCUCAGGCACGUCUGCGAAGAGGUUGGCUGCGUGGAGAACCAAAGAGAGGCGGCGGCGCUCCUGUGCGCCUUGGCGGUGCCGUACGAAAACAAGCUGCCCCUUGCCGAGAGCGGGUCGGCGGAGCCGCUGAUGCUCAUGUGUCAGAGCGCGGAUGUCGAGGUGGCCCGACUUGCAUGCGGAGCAGUGGCCAACGCUGCCGAGGACUCCUCAACCCACCCGGCCCUGCUGUCGCGAACGAACGCGAUGCACUACAUGGUGUUCCUCAUGAGGAGCAGGCACCUAAGCGUGCACAGGGAAGCCUCUCGGGCGUGUGGAAACCUCCUGACCCAUCGGGACGCUCACAGAGACUUCGUUUCGGAGGACGGGCUACGCAGUCUGCUCUUGGUGGCCACGUCUUUGGACGACGAGUGUCAGUACAACGCGGCCGUCAUCUACCGCAAGCUGUGCGCCGACCGGCACACGCACGACUACGUCGUCGGGCGGGGCGGGCUGCAGGCGCUGCUCGGCCUGGUGCAGCUGAGGGGGAUGGGGACGCAGAGGCAGGCGGCGGCGGCGCUGAGGGACGUGUGUUCCAAUAAGGAUCACAAGGUCACCGUCGCCGGGGAGGGGGGGCUUCGAGCUCUGGUCGCGCUCUCACGCUGCGAAGACCUCGAGCUGAGAAUCCUCGCAGCUGGCGCCCUCCGACACCUGAGCCUCAACACCAGGGUGAAACGGCCUAUGGUGGAAGAAGGGGCUCUCGGGUCAAUCCUGAGGUGCAUCGACGAGGGCUCCGACAGCCUAGACCUGCUCUGCCAGUGCGCGGGAACAAUCUCUAACCUUGCUGAAGACGCGCGAAACCAGGUCACUCUCGUAAAAGACAACAUUAUGCCGAGGCUGAUCAUCUUGUCCGGCGUGGAUGACGAGGGCGUGAGGGUGGACGUUUCGAGGGCUUAUGCCUCGAUAAGCUCCAACGCCCAGUGCCAGGUUGGCGUCUUCAACGCAGACGAUCUCCGCGCCAUCUUCUCCCUCGCCGGCUCUGCCGAGGAGAAGUGCGUCCGUGACGCCGCCAUAACCCUGGGAAACCUGGCGGUCGUCACCAGGAACCAGCAGGCCAUCGCAGACGCUGGCGGGUUCCCCCCUCUCGUGGCCAUGCUCAGCGGCAACCCCUACGUAUCGUGCCAGAAGUUUGCGGCGCGAGCGCUGUACCGCCUGGCCGCCCACGCGGACAACAAGCCGAAAAUUGUGGCGGAGGGGGCGUUGCCGCCCCUGGUUCGGCGGCUUCGCAGCCCUGACGCUGAGGUGGCGAGGUUUUCGGCGAUGACGCUCUGCAACCUGUCCACCCACGCGGACUGCAAGUCGGCCCUCGUAUCCUUGCACGGCUUGCCGCCGUUGAUCGAAAUGCUGGAGGGGGAAUCAGACCUCGUGAAGCGAUACGCCGCCAUGACCUUAUGCAACUUGUCGACGCUGGCAGUGAACCAGGUCCAUAUCGUCAAGGCCGGCGCGUUGCCCAACCUCGUGCGGCUCACAUCUCUGGGGCGAGAGAAGCUCGACGUCAGCCGCUACUGCGGGAUGACGCUGUCCAACCUCGCCUGUCACCGGCAAAACCGCGUGCCCGUCGUCCACGCGGGCGGGUUGAAACCCUUGUGCGACAUGGCCUUCGACGGCGAGCGACUUGAGAUGCAGAGGGCCGCGGGCCUCGCCCUAUACAAUCUUAGCUGCGCCGCGGCGAACCAGAUCGUCAUGGCCGAAUCUGGCUGCCCGGCGUCUUUGAUUCGACUGACAUCUUGUCCUGAUGUGGACUGCAAGCGUCUGGCGGUGAUGACGCUAUGCAACCUUACCGCGAACGCGGAGACGCGUGCGGCAGCUACCCGGGGGGGUGGGCUGCAAGCCGCCGUGAGGCUAACAUCGGACGGGGACGGGGAGUGCAGGAGGUACGCCGCCACUUGUGUCUGCAACAUGGCCAACGAUCACCAGAUGCAGCUACAAGUGGUAGUUCACGGUGGCCUCCCGCCCAUAAUGGCUAUGGCGACGAGCGGCGACCCAGACGAUCAGCGGCACGCGGCGAUGGCCUUGGGAAACAUUGCCGCCAACGAGGGAAAUCACCCCCAGCUUGUGGCGAAGGGGGCGAUCCAGGCCCUUGUAGCGUUGUCCAACUCUUCGGAGGUGGAUGUGCGUGAGUACGCCGGCUUCGCGCUGGCGAACCUCGCCAGUAACGCGGACUAUUUGGACGCGAUCGGGGCGAGGGGGGGGAUCGAUCCCCUCGUCAAGCUUGCUGGUUCCGCAAACGUUCACACUCAGUGCCUCGCAAUGGCAGCCUUGCGUCGGAUGGCCAUUCCACAAGACAACCGACAUCUCUUGGUGGAGGCGGGAAUCCUCGCCACGUUGGCCCGCGCAGGACGGAGCGGCGAGGUCGAAAUCCAAAGAGAGGUGGCGGCGUGCCUGUGCAACCUGUCCCUCAGCGAGCAAGACCGAGUCGCGGUUGCCGCACGAUGCGUUCCCGCGUUGGUGGCCCUAUCUCAAGGGGGCGAUCUCGAGGCGGCGAGACAGGCGAUAGGCACCCUUGCAAAUCUGGCGGAAGAGAUCGACACGCACGAGCUCAUCGCCAAGUCGGGGGGAGGGAGGGUGAUGACGGGCCUCAUGAAGCACGACGCCCUCGACGUUUUCCGAGAGGCGAGUCGGGCAAUAUCCAACCUACUGACUAGCUUUGAGCACCAGGCCGUCAUCAUCGAGCAGGGGCUCGCCGGGCUGAACGCACUCGCCGAGAGCACCGACCCAGAGUGCCAGUACCACGCCGCGCUGAGCUUCCGCAAGCUCUCGCCGAACCUCGCAUCCCACCGCGGAAUGUGCUUUGACGGGGGACUCAAGGCUCUGUUUCACCUCCUCAAGGCUAAAGACUUCAAGACCAGGAGGCAGGCGGUCACAGCCCUCCGAGACCUUUGCGCGCACGCCGACCACAAGUUCAAGAUUGCCGACGAAGGCGGGGUCGAAGCCCUCGUUUCCGCAGCCUUGGAACGCGAGAUCGAGCUCCAGAUCCUUGCAGUGGCGGGACUGCGCCAUCUGUCGCUGCUUGACCCGCUCAAGCAGGCCAUCGUGUCGGCCGGGGCGCUGCGGCCAAUCGUUCGCUGCGUCAAGUGGGCUAACGAGGACCUCCAGUGCCAGCUCGCUGCGGCCCUGGCCAACCUGUCGGAAGAAAUCCAGAACCAGAUUACCAUGGUGGAGGACGGAGCGGUGCAGGCGCUCGUCGCGCUCGCGAGGGCGGAGAACGACGAGAUACAGCAGGACUGCUCCCGGGCGCUGAGCAACCUCAGCAGCAACGAAGAGAACCACACCCUGGUGUACAGGCUGGGCGGCCUGCGUGCGUUGGUGGGGCUGACGAACUCAACCGAGGACGUCUGCCAGAGGUACGCGGCGUUCGGGCUGAGGUUCCUGUGCAGCAACCCGGAGGUGCGCGUGAGCAUUGUCCAGGAUGGGUUGAUCAAGCCCUUUCUGGCGCUGGCGCAAAGCCCGCUCAUCGAGUACCAGCGGACCGCGGCCGCGGCGUUUGCGAGCUUCUCCCUCAACGACGAAAACAAGCAGAAGAUGGUGCGGGAGAGCUGCCUGGGCCAGAUCCUGGCGUGCUGCCUCUACUCGGACCUCGAGGUCGUCCGAAACUGCACCUUCGCCCUCGCCAACCUUGCGGACUCUUUGGACCUGCAGAGCGACGUGGUGAGGGAGGGAGGCAUUGAGAUCCUGCAAAAGGUUGGCAUGCACGACGACGCGCGAGUCCAGCGCGAUGCCGCCCGCACCCUCGCGUGCCUUAGCGUUAGCGACGACGUCAAGGACGCCAUCAUCACGAAGGGCGCGCUGCCGACGCUGUUCCAGCUGGCUCGCUCUCUCGACGUCGCCAGCCAGCGAUACUCCACCCUCGCGCUCUGCAACUUGUCUUCCGGGGAGCACAAGGCGCGGAUCGUCAGCGAGGGGGCCGUUCGGCCGCUCACGUUCCUGGCCCGGUUCCCCGACCUCGAGAUACAGCGGUAUGCGGCGCUCGCGAUCGCCGGCCUGGCCCUGGGAGAUCACGGCAAGCCCCCAAACAAGCUUAGAAUAACCGAGGAGGGUGCUUUGAAGCCGCUCAUCGACCUCGUGCGAUUCCCGGAGGCCGAGGUGCAGCGAUGCGCGUGCCUCGCCGUGAAUGCCGUGGCCCUCGGCACCCACAGCUCGACGAAAACCGCGGUUAUGCACGAGGACGGGCUCUUCCCUCUCCUGGAGCUGGUCAACUCUGACGACGGCGACUGCGUGAGGACGGCGGUGUACGCGCUGGGUUCCCUGUGCGAGAGCGACCCGGUCAAGGCGAGGCUAAUCGAGCUCGGUGCCGUCGUGAAUGUGGUUGGCCAAGCCAGCUUCGGCGAUAUCGAGGUCAAGCGCGCCGCCGGGUACUUCCUGGCCUUGUUGUGCGAAACGAGAGAGUUCCACGACGACCUGGCGAGGGAGGGUGGACUCCAGGCGGUGGUGGCACUCGCGAGUCUUGAAGAUGUCGAGUGCCAAGAGUACGCAGCGUUUUCCUUGGCGCACUUGUCGAGCAACCACGAGUACCAGGUUACGCUUGUGGAGCUUGGCGCACUGCGUCCCCUGGUGAGCAUGAUGGCGGUUGAGGCCGAGCCACGCCACUACGCCGGGCUUGCACUCCUCAAGCUGGCCGACAACUUCGAGAACCACAUCCGCAUCGCGGAAGAGGGCGGCAUCCAAGCCCUCCUCAGGCUCGGCCGCGCGCGAUCCACGGACGAGGAGCUGCAAUACAAGGCCGCGCUGACAGUGGGCCAUCUGGCAUCCAACGCGGUAAAGCUGCUACCCAAGGGCAAGGAGAAGGCAAACAUCGGGUUCGGAGCAACCGUGCUGCAGAGCAACACCGACAGCAAGGCGCGGCGAGCACAGAAGCAGACGCAAGAACAUUUGGAGCAGUCAUUGCGAGCUGGAUAG